AUCUUUUUCACACUUGCAUGGAACGCAUGCGCGCAGAGGACACCAACUGGUUUGUGUCAAGUCGGAGGCAGACGGAUGUGAUCGAGCUGAAAAUCACCUGUAUUCUGGCAUUCAUGGUGACACAUCCAUGGGCUCAGAGCGGGCGGAGAUGCGCAAGAGACAGAUGCAGGUUCACCAGGAAGCAGCUGCCAGUGUCCUCGAAGUGCACCACAAAAUGGGAAACACCCCCACCAACGCCUCAAACGCCUGUUGCUUCUGCUGGUGCUGUUGCUGUAGCUGUUCUUGCUUGACUGUUAGAGGUGAGGAAGAAACCACACAGAGAUCAACCUUUGAGCAGCGACCUGAGGAAAACUCUAAUUGUGAAGAAAGCCUGAAACCCAAUCUGGACGAAGCUCGUUCCUGGGCGGUGUUGUUUGAAAGGCUGAUGAAAAGUGCAGCUGGGCGAAGCUGCUUCAGGCAGUUCCUAAGGACGGAGUUCAGCGAAGAGAACAUGAUGUUCUGGCUUGCCUGUGAAGAGCUGAAAAAAGAAACCAAUAAGACUGUGGUUGAAGAGAAAGUCCGCCAAAUAUAUGAGGACUUCAUCUCUAUUCUUUCCCCUAAAGAGGUCAGCUUGGACUCCCGCGUGCGAGAGGUGAUAAACCGCAACAUGUUGGAGCCGACUUCGCACACGUUCGACGACGCUCAGCAGCAGAUCUACACUCUGAUGCAGAGAGACUCGUACCCUCGCUACAUAAACUCCUCUGCAUACACAGAUCUGCUGAAGAGCUUGGAGGAGCCUCCCCCUGAGCCAUAAAUCCCCUUCACUCCCACCCACACCGUUAGCUUUUCAGCGCAUGCAUAAGCCCCCCCACCCCACCCUCGAAACACACACAUACUUUUAAAAACGGGAGCAGCUUUUUGUGUAAAAAGGUCAGAGACCUGUUAUUUAUAGAAAGACAGACAGGAAAGUGAACGCAGCUGAAAACCAGUCUUUAUCUAGAGGGUAGCUGCUGUUUAUUUCUGCGUGAUUAGUGGAUUUCCAAAUCCUUGACAGCAGCCGUGAACAAGGAUGCUACGUUCAGCAUCUGUUACUGUAAUCGUUUAGACAAAAAAAAAAAAAAAAACAUAUCUAUAUUUUUAUACAUAUAUAAAUAUAUUCCCUAGCGCUUGACAUUGCA